AUGACAGAAAAACCAGUGCUCGUGAAGAAAAUCCCGACCGAUGCGUUGACCUACACGAAUUGCGUCGUCGUCUCCGAGCAGGAUUUUGACAAAGGGAAAACAAAACAUGUCACUCUGAGGAAAAGCAACAACCAAGAAUUCGCCUUUUCCGUCAAAUUCGACGCCGGUCUCAAGUCGGGAGAAUGUGGUGUUGGAGUGUAUCAACGCAAAUGGGCGAUGGUUUCGAUUGACGAGCAAGUUUUUCUCCGCUCAUACACAGUCGCGCAGAAGAAUUACAUCGGCACGAUCACUUUCUCGGUGGAUUUUCGCAAAAACGUCAAUGCUCCAAAGACUGUUCAAGAGCCGCUCGACUCGGAUCACAUGGCCCAAGAACUGUCGAUUUUGUUCGGCGGUCAAGUUUUCACACAGGGAAUGAUUCUCAUCUUCAAAUACUUCGAUAAAAAGACCGAGAAAGAAUAUCUCUUGGAUUUGACGGUGAAAUCAAUGGAAGGUUUGGGUGACAUGAACGCGAAACAAGACGCUGAACCGUAUAAAGUUCAAAUCGGGCAACUCUUCUCGAAUAGCAUCAUCAUUUUUGACAAAGAAGAGGGCAGUAUGAUCAAUUUGAUUGGAAAAAGCAAGGGAAAAUCAUCGUAUCGAUCAAUCAUCUCGCCAGAUUGGGACUUCCAAAAGUUGGGCGUUGGUGGUGUGGAUAAGCAAUUUUCGGCGAUUUUCCGACGUGCCUUCACCAGUCGACUCUAUCCACCGGAAUUCACGGAACAACUUGGACUUAAACACGUGCGAGGAAUCCUGCUCUAUGGUCCGCCGGGAACGGGAAAAACCCUGAUUGCUCGUCAAAUUGGAAAAAUGUUGAACGCAAGAGAGCCGAAAAUUGUGAAUGGGCCACAAAUUUUGGACAAGUACGUCGGUGAAUCCGAAGCCAACAUCCGUAAGCUCUUUGCCGACGCCGAAGAGGAGGCGAAACGAGCCGGUGCCAAUUCAGGACUUCACAUCAUCAUUUUUGAUGAAAUCGACGCAAUUUGCAAGCAACGUGGUUCUAUGGCUGGAUCCUCGUCGGUGCACGACACGGUGGUGAAUCAAUUGCUCUCGAAGAUGGACGGUGUCGAUCAGUUGAACAAUAUCCUUGUGAUUGGCAUGACCAAUAGGAAGGAUAUGAUCGACGAGGCCUUGCUUAGACCUGGUCGUUUGGAGGUCGGAAUCGAGAUCGGACUGCCCGAUGAGCAUGGACGAGUGCAAAUUCUCCGGAUUCACACGUCUAGAAUGAGGGAGUACGACAAAAUCGACAACGACGUGAAUUUGGAAGAGUUGGCAAAGAAGACGAAAAACUUCUCGGGAGCCGAAAUCGAGGGUCUCGUUCGCGCCGCGCAGAGUAUCGCCAUGAAUCGACACGUGAAAACGAGUGACAAGGUAGCGCUUGAUGAGGAAGCGGUGGAAAAGCUGAAAGUUUGUAUGAACGAUUUCGAGUUGGCCCUGGAGAACGAUAUUAAACCAGCUUUCGGUCGUUCCGAGGAGAGUGUGCAGAAAUUCUUGCGCCGUGGCUACAUUGGAUGGUGCGAUGAAGUGAACGAUAUUCUCAAGAAAGGAAGACUCUUGGUUGAGGCAACUCGUGAACCGGAAAGCAUUGGUUUUGUGACGUGCAUAUUGUCAGGUGCCUCUGGAUCGGGAAAAUCGUGUAUAGCGGCGAAGAUUGCGAAAGAAUCCGAAUUCCCGUUCAUUCGGGUGUUCUCUCCGGCCGACAUGAUUGGCUUCUCGGAAAUGGCGAAAUGCCAAGCCCUUCAGCGGGCUUUCUCCGAUGCUAUCAAGUCACCGCUGUCGAUUCUCUUCUUGGAUGAUAUUGAGUCGAUCUUGGAUUAUUCUCCAAUUGGUCCACGUUUCUCGAAUUUGGUCCUACAAGCGUUUCGAGUGUUACUACGAGAUCCUGUGCCUGAGGGUCAUCGUUUGCUCGUGUUGGCCACAUCGUCUGAGCGGGAAUUCCUCGAACAAGUUGGACUGCUAAAAUUCUUUGACCAUCAAAUUGACGUGCCGAUGUUGACCGAGCCGCAACAUCUGCUUCGAGUGAUGCACACGUCGCAGGCGUUCAAAGCCGAGGAGAUGCAGUCGGCCGUGCAACGUUUAGAGAAAAUCAAGAACGGCCGCGAGAUCGUGAUCGCGGUCGGGGUGAAGCGGAUGCUGGCGUUGAUCGAUUUCGUGCGGCGAUCCGAGGGCGACCGGGCGGCGUUGUUGAUCUCGGAGUUGGAGUCGAGUUGGAGUAUUCGGGAGAAAGUUCACGAAUACCCUUACUCUCCAACU